UUUAUCCAAAAUUUAUCAAUACUAAUUACUAUCGAGAUACUAUCAUAUGCAAUUACCAAAACGGAGAAUGCAUAUGAAGAGAAAACUUGGGGCUGAUGGCAGCGUUACCGCAAGCCCAUGUAACUGCCUCAUCCUUUCAUUCUCUCAACAGAGUUGGUGAUAGGCCCAAAACACACAUCUACCCCUCGAUAGUACAUCUCCCAGUGUCCAGCCUAAGUGAUGGAUUUCCAACAUCCUCCUAAACCUUUUUUUUAAUCAGUUGUAAGGACCAAACUGAAUUUUAUUUUGAGGGCACUUCUCCAUGAUGUACCCUUUACAGAACUGCCUUAGAAGUAUUUGGUUCCUUGUCAAACCAUCAAUAUUAUGUUCCCUUUUCCAUGCUUCCCAUGAAAGUUCCAGUCUUGCUCUGCCAGUGGAAUCUUCUCACUACACUGGAUCAGGUUCCGGAGCCAUAGGACGUUGUGACGUUGACGUUCUCGUAAGUAAAGUUCAUGCUGGGACCAGUGAGGAUGAAGUCUUUCAGUGUCUCGUGAAUGAUGGAGAAUGUAACUCCAUACAGCUUUCCCAUGAUCUUAUUGAUAAGUUGCUGCACCGGUUCAGGGAUGACUGGAAAUCUGCAUUGGGUGCUUUUAAAUGGGCAGCAUCUCGCCCAGACUAUAAGCACUCUCAUCAGGCAUAUGAUACGAUGGUUGAUAUCCUCGGUAAAAUGAAACAAAUGGAUCGAAUGAAGGACUUCUUGGAGGAAAUGCGUCAAGGUCACCUUGUUACGCUUAACACGAUAACCAAGGUUAUGAGAAGGUUUGCUGGUGCAGGGAAAUGGGAAAAUGCUGUGAGGGUAUUUGAUGAAUUGGAAACUUUCGGAUUGAAGAAGAAUACAGAGUCAAUGAACUUGCUUCUUGACACCCUUUGCAAAGAGAGAAAUGUGGAAGAGGCCCGUGAAAUUUUCUUGCUGCUUAAGUCACACAUCGCACCUGAUGCUUACACAUUUAAUAUUUUCAUUCAUGGUUGGUGCAAAAUCAAUCGAGUUGAAGAGGCACAAUGGACAAUUCAAGAGAUGAGAGGACAUGGUUGUCACCCUUCUGUCAUUAGCUACUCAACUAUCAUCCAGUUCUAUUGCUGCCGAUACAACUUUCAAAAAGUUUAUGAACUCCUUGAUGAAAUGGUUGUCCAAGGUUGUCCUCCCAAUGUUGUUACUUUUACCACUGUCAUGUGCUCACUAUCAAAGGCAGAGAGGUUUGAGGAAGUUUUGCAAAUUGCUUCAAGAAUGAAAGCUACAGGCUGUAGACCUGAUACGCUUUUUUACAACUGCUUGAUCCAUGCGCUGGGGCGAGCAGGCCAAGUUGAAGAUGCUAUUAAGGUUUUUGAGGUAGAGAUGCCGAAGACAGGUGUUUCCCCCAAUACAUCGACGUAUAAUUGCAUGAUUGCCAUGCUUUGUCAUCAUGCUCAACAACAGAAGGCCCUAUCUCUUCUUCAGGACAUGGGGAAUUUGAAAAUUUGCAAGCCUGAAGUUCAGACAUAUUACCCCUUGCUGAAGUCAUGCUUUAAAACUGGGAAGAUAGAUAACCUGUUGAGCAAACUAUUGAAUGAUAUGGUUAAUAAGCAUCAUCUAAGUCUUGAUAGUUCUGCCUACUCGCUAUUGAUUCAUGGACUUUGUAGAGCAAGUAGAAGUGAGUGGGCUUACAACUUGUUUGAAGAGAUGAUUAGAAAAGAUAUAACACCAAACUAUCGGACAUGUCGUUUACUUUUAGAUGAGGUCAAAGCAAAGAAUAUGUACGAUGCAGCUGAGAAAAUUGAAGGUUCCAUGAAGAAAUUAUGAACUUCUCCAAGUGAGCAUUUAUCUAUUUUUCCUUAAAUUCUCUGCUUCUACCAGCACCCAAAAAUAGACUUACAACUGUCAGUAUUUGACUGAAGCCUUUGUGGUUUUUGUCUGACAUAUUAUAUUAUAUUUAACAGAAUAAACCUGAAAAGAAAAAGAAUCAAAACAAAAAGAAAAAAAAAAUCAGCUUGAACUAGAUGUACCACACUUAUACAUCUAUUCUGAGAUGGUGUUUAUAUGUAUUUCUGAAUGGUUGCACAUGUUCAUACGUGGCUAAAUUUGUUUGUAGGCUUAAUAAUUGUUGUUAGAAUUUUGGUUCUGGAUUAGUCGGUAUGCAGCUGCCUUUACCUAAGGCUGAUAUAGAUAGUCUAGAGAAGUAGCUUUCAAUAUCUCGUCUUACCACGGUAAUGACAGGGUCAAUUGGGCACUUUGGAGUCCUAGUAUUGGUUACUGCGUUGUUGUGAGCCCAAUGAAUAAAAAGUGAUCUUUUAAUCUUUUUUCA